AGCAAGGUCAGGGCGGUCCAGAGAAAGGGAGGCCGGCGCUUAGCGAGAAGAAAGCGCACGCGGCCCGCUCAGUCCGCAAAGGGACGCCGAAGGCGAAGGCUGCGACUGAAGACGGGCGCGCGGGUCGAAACGUCUGCUGCCAUACUCUCCACCCCACCUCCCAUCACAGUUAUCCGACGCCCGGCGUCUGACAUUAUGCGGCGAGCGGCGACGGCGGCUGUUCUGGUGUCCGCGGUGGCGCUGAUGACGCGGCCGUGGACGGCGCGCGCCUUCCCGGACGGCGCCCCCGUGGACGCGUGCGUCAAGCCACGCCCCAACCAGCCGUACCACGGGCAGGCGCGGCCUGGCAACCCGCGGGACAACCCCUUCUCCAUCGUCGCCUCGGACGAUCGCUACGGCCCUGGAUCCAAGAUAACCGUGACCAUCGAGGGAGGCCGCGGGGAGCCCUUCCGGGGCUUCUUCGUGCAGGCGCGCGACGCGGCCACGGGGGCGUGGCUGGGCACGUGGGAGGAGCACCCGCCCUACACCAACGGGCUGCCCGAGUGCGCCGCCAUCACGCACGGCGACAACCGGGAUAAGGCGCGCGUCACGCUCACCUGGCAGGCGCCGAGGGGCACGAGCGACGGCGGCCAGGUCUACUUCACGGGCUCGGUGGUGCAGGACUACGCGACCUUCUGGGUCGACAUCGUCUCCAGGGUAGCGUGAGCUACGGUCGAGUUCCGCCACGUCAUCGCCUACGUCAGAGGUGCCGUCCCGCCAAUCACAAGCCAAAGCCGCCC